AUGAAUAGCAGAACGAAAUCGCGUCCUCAGCGGAACAUGAGCGUCGACAAUCUUGAUCUCGAUCGGCUCUCACUAGAGCGAGAACGACUCGACUUUGAGAGGCAGAAGAUGCUAGAAAGAGAGCGACGGCUAAUCGACGAAGAAAAAAUGAUCAAGGCUGAGAGGGCUCGCCUGGAAGCGGAACGAAAAAUGAUGAAGCACGAGUCUGAGUCUAUGAACAGCGGUCGCUCCAAAUCCAUCUAUGAACCUCCGCCAUCAUCUCAAGCAUCCCCAAUGCCGGCACGCGGUAACGUCCGUCCAGUGUUGCUUCCCGAUUUGGGCGAUCAAUCACCUCGACAAAGGGCAUUCGUGCAGGAUGCGAUUGGACGAGGCAGCAAGCUGGUUGUAGCCACAUUUGACCGGGUUGCUCAGAAUGCCAAGGAACUGACCGUGAGCCGCGGUGAAUAUCUCGAG